UAAGCCUGGUAUGUUCAGUUAUUCUGCCUGAGAUGAAAGGUUAAAUUUUUUAAUCUUGUUGUUGAUGUAAAAAUCUUUGGGUCCGGUUUUGUCUUAUUUACAGACAAACAAGAAAAUUGACACGUUUCCCCCCUCGAGCUUCAUCAUCUCUUCAUCUUCUAUGUCUGCAGCUUAAUUCUAUACCUCGUCACAAUGAAUGCCAAUUUCUUUGCAACUGUCUUGUUGACGCUUUCUGCAUUCGUCUCCAUCGUUUAUGGACUCCCGACCGGAGCACCGACCACUGCCUGUAAGGACAUGACGCCCAACCAUUUGAAUUACCGUCCGCAAACUUCCGCAUCUCCAUUCCGUACUGUUCCGGCAAAUACAUUGAUGGCUGCAGGAGAAAACCUGGACAUUUUACUAGAAACCACUGCCACUAAUCAAUUCCGAGGUUUUCUCACCAUGGCGUUCGAUGCAUCGAAUACCGGUGCCGGACCCAUCGGCAUCAUCAGCAGCGUGAGUGACGGGCAGGUGAUUGAAUGCACAGCUGGAUUUCUCAAUGCUGCUACCCAUGUGGACAAUGUAGAUAAGAGCCAAGUCAGUUUGGUUUGGACCGCCCCUGCUGAUUUCACUGGCACUGUAGUCUUUUGGACUACCUUUGUUCAAGCACAAGAUAUUUUCUGGGUCCAGGUACCUUCAGCGACUGUCACUGUGGCAUAAACUGUCAAAUUCUUUGCUUUCCCUUAUUGAUUGUUGCCGCUUGUAGUCGGGCAAUUGAUGUGCGUUAGUCCAAUCAAAUGUAACGAAAGAAGAAAAAUAUAACGAAAUUUUACCAGUA